AUUUGUACUACAAUCUGCUGGGAUGUGCAGUCCGGAUUGGUGAAAGCCUCGGGAUCAAUAAUGACUACACCCAUCGUACAGGGAUUCUCCCGGAUCUUGAAUCUCAGCGGUCUCUAUGGUGGUCUCUGGUCAUUCUGGACUGGCUAAACAUUCCAUUAGGCCAACCUUGCAUUCGUGAAAACGAUUUCCUGGUCGAGAUGCCUUUGAUUUCUGAAACACAGUCCAAUUGGGACUCCACCAACUACCAAGCCAACAUGUGCAAAGUGGCUCUGGUGCUGUAUAGGUUCCAAACAGCCAUCUGCGCCUCAAUGGACUGGGAAACUGUCGAAAAUGCGGUCAUCGUGGCUGAUGAGAAGCUCGUUAAUCUGAAGGCAGAACUGAGCUCGUGUACUGAGUCAGGGGGCCUCGAGAACACAUACGUGGGUACAGAUACGUCAGACGCCUCCGGUUGUAUUGGCUCUAUCCAGCGACGAAGUCUGCUGCUGAUACUGUUUUACUACCGCAUCCUGAUCAACCGCACACUUAUCCACCAGACACCAUCGACGAGAGCGAAGAAAGUUUCGUUUUCAAGAUGCUCCGAGUCCGCUCAUAAUAUACUCCAUUUAUGCACAGAUUUGGCUACUAAGGGCCAUUUGAUGGCUUCGUGGUACGGGCGUCUGGAUUCCAUUCCUCUUAGUCCAUUUCAUCUGACUGUAUGUAGGUCAAUGUUGUUACCUCUAUACUCGGCAGCGAAUGUUUUGGCCGUAUACGGGUCUCGGUGUCGUUGUGAACCAGGCCAUGAUCACAUGGCGGAUGUUGCCGCUGCCGUUCAGAUAUUUGACUCUUUGUCGCACAAAAGUGCUUUUGGUGAGUAUGCUGCUAGAAGGUUGAAGGAGAUCAUCAACAAUGCAGCUCCAGUGUAGUUAAGGUCAGUUUAUGCCUUUUCAACACUAUGAUAUCAGAUAUUGAAGUUUUGCAUAAGUCUCGUGACUAGCACAUACGACCACAGGGUGUGGA